AUGGAGCCUCGUGCGCGCGCCGGCAAGAAUGUCGGCAAGAUGAACUUUGCGCACAACGAGCUGGCGCAGCUGCUGUAUGGCGACGGCGAUGUCAAGGCGCCGCUGCCGGAGACGGUGCGGGUGCUGGACGAGAUCGUGACCGACUUCAUCCAGGGGGUGAGCUUCGAGGCGACGCGGGCGGCGCACCACGCGGGGCGGCAAAAGGUCAAGUUCGAAGACUUCGAGUUCGCCAUGCGCCGCAACCCGCGCUACAUGGGCAAGAUCCAGGAGGUAUUUGAGAAGAAGAAGGAGAUCGAGGCCGCCCGCAAGAACUUUAAUAUUGACGACCAGCUGGUCCGCGAAACCAACGCUGAGGAGAAGCAGGCUAAGCAAGCUUCCGCUAAGGAAGGUGGCGCCAAAGGUGGCUCUGCUGGUGAGGGAGGAUCCAAGGGCGGCUCUGCUGCUGGAGGUGCGGCCCGAGGCGCCAAGCGACCCCGCCCUACCGAGGAGGAGCUCGACGAGGGCGACGACGAUUUGGACGCCGAGGCAGACAUUGGCACGGCGACGAAGAAGAGAGGCUGA